AUGCAUAUGAAUAAUUUAAUACCUGUUUCAAAUUCAUUUGAUAGUAAUGGACAAACAUAUUAUACAAUUGGUAAUUAUGUUGAUAUUUAUGAAAUUACAUCAAUAGCAUUUGGACCAAAUACAAUUGAUAUUAAAACAUUUUCAAUACCUUCAAAUAUUAAAAAUGUCAUUUUAUUGGAUGGUUUCAAUCAAGAGAUACCUCAAAACUAUUUUCCAAACACUGUCACAACCAUUAUCAUUCAUAAUAUAAGUAAACCAUUAUCAAUUGGAUCAUUAUCAAAUAUUAAGAAUGUUUAUUUAAAAGAUGGUUUUAACCACCCACUUGAAUCUGGUAUCAUUCCAACAAGUAUUCAAAAAUUAUAUUUAUCCCCAAAUUUUAAUCAAAAAUUAUUUUCAUCUUCAUCAAUACCUAAUUCAAUUGUGCUUGAAAUCUUUUAUAGUGAUCCUUUUGAUUAUACAAUUUUUACUAAUUUAAAUAUUAAUAAUAUUAAAUUAUUAAAACAAUAA